UUCUUGUGUUGGGUUCCUUUCCUUUACUCCUCAUAAAGACAGAGCCAUGGGUGCAAGUCUGUGCAAUAAAACCAUGGCUCUGUUAUGCCUCGUCUUCAUGACUACUUUGAAUCUCUGUUUGGUCUCCAUUGUUGCAGAGCUUCCAAAAUUCCAUCAAACCACCAAUGGUGAUGGCUCUCUCAGCUUCUUAGUCAUCGGAGAUUGGGGUAGAAGAGGAGCUUACAACCAAUCUCAAGUUGCUCUUCAGAUGGGAAGGAUAGGAGAGAAGCUAGAUGUAAACUUUGUAGUCUCGACCGGCGAUAACUUCUAUGACAAUGGGCUGACCGGAGUCGAUGAUGUGGCAUUUGAGGAGUCAUUCACCAAAAUCUACACUGCUAAGAGCCUACAGAGGCCAUGGUACAGUGUUUUGGGUAACCAUGACUAUAGAGGAAAUGUUGAAGCACAAUUGAGCCAUGUGUUUAGGAAGAUCGAUAGCAGAUGGAUUUGCUUGAAGUCCUUCCUUGUUAAUACAGAAGUUGCAGAAUUAUUCUUCGUCGAUACAAAUCCAUUCGUCGAUAUGUACUUCAACGAUCCGAAAGACCAUAAAUAUGAUUGGAGAGGAGUUCUUCCAAAAAGAGAGAAGUACAUUGCAAAUGUUCUUAAGGAUUUGGAUUUGGCAUUGAGCGAGUCGUCGGCAAAGUGGAAGAUUGUUGUCGGUCAUCAUGCUAUCCGAAGCGUCGGACAUCAUGGUGACACAGAGGAGCUUGUUAAGCAACUUCUCCCAAUCCUUAAGGCGAAUAAUGUCGAUCUUUACAUAAACGGGCACGAUCAUUGCUUGGAGCACAUUAGUGAUAAUGAUAGUCCAAUUCAGUUCUUGACGAGCGGGGCAGGUUCUAAGGCAUGGAGAGGUGAUGUUAAAGGAUUGAACAGAGAGGGAGUGAAAUUCUUCUACGAUGGGCAAGGUUUCAUGUCUGUGAAGUUGACUCAAACUGAAGCUAAUUUUGCAUUUUAUGAUGUUUCCGGCAAGGUUUUGCACAGAUUUGAUUUGUCGAAGCCGCUUUACGCCGAUAUGUAGAGGAUUAGUGACCCAAAUCGGACAUUGU